GAACAAUCUGUCGCUUUCUGGUGUGGCGUGAUUACAUCCGCCUUCUUUAUAGCCCAGGUAUUCACGGCACCACUCUAUGGCGUUGUCAGUGACCGCAUCGGACGCAAGCCGGUGCUCUUGUUAGGUCUGCUCGGCUCUGCCGUAUGUACCAUCUUAUAUGGCAUUUCCGGCAACCUGACCAUGGCAAUCGCUUCACGAGCUUUCUGCGGCUUCUUCAACGGUAACGCCGGCGUUUCGCGGACAUCAGUCGGAGAGCUCGCAGCCAAUAACGGUAUCCACCAAGGCCGCGCAUUCUCAAUCUUUGGACUUUGCACAGCCAUGGGAACUUUACUAGGACCCCUCCUAGGCGGCUUUCUCUGCCAACCCGCAGAAAAGUAUGGCUUGAAGGGUCCAGGCAACCUUUUUGUUCGCUAUCCAUAUCUGCUCCCUUGCGCCAUCGGAGCAUGCUACAACGUCGUUGUCGUCGCGCUGUGUAUUCCUUGCAUGGGGGAGACUAAUAUAGACACUGCGGGCACUAAGCUCUCGGCCGAACACGCGGGUCCCACGGACGAGCGCACAGACGACACGGGACGCACGGACGAGCGCACGGAUGAAGAAACGCCCCUCUUGGCUCCACAAGGCGAUACUUCGACGUUAAAGGCUGCGUCGAGUCGCACUCGCAGCCUUGUCCUACUGAUCGCCGGCCACGCGACCAUUGCUUUGCACGCCAUUGCAUUCGACGAGAUGUACCCUGCCAUCGCGGCGACAAGGCAACCCAUCGGCUUCGGCUUCUCGUCGAGUGAGAUUGCAAAGACGUUGCUCUUCCUCAGCCCCGUAGUAUUAACCGUUCAGUUCGUGGUAUACCCUGCCCUCUCGAAAAGACUGACGUAUGCGACUCUGUGGAGAAUAUCUUCGAUUCUCUUCCUGGUCGUGUACAUGACAUUCCCUCUCACUCUGGCAUUGCCCAACAAAUCGUAUCGUCAAUGGUGUUGUCUCUAUCUCCUUCUCGCGAUCCGCGUAUCGGCGGUAGUGAUUGGGUAUACCAGCGUGGCGAUACUGCUCACGCUCUCUGCUCGGCCUAAUCAACGUGGCGUCACUGUUUCUUUUGCACAGGCGGCUAUUUCCGCGAGCAGGGCCGUCGGUCCAGCUCUGGCGGGUGCGUUGUGGUCUUGGGGCCUGUCGAAUGGAUUCAAGGCGCCGUUCGACCAGCACAUUUUGGUCUGUCCGUCCCAUUUUUUUUUUCUUCACAAAAUUCGUGCGUCGCUAAUUGUUUUGCAGUUCUUCUUCCAGUGUCUAGUGGCUACCCUGCAGUUGAUGACUUCGUUUGGUCCCGCUAUCGGGAGCUCACCAGAAGGGCCUAUGUGAGGUGGUGUUUAUAGUAAAGGGUAUCACGGACAUACAGUACAUGGCGUGAAAAGAAACAAACGGAUCUUUGUUCAAGAUGGAGGUUUAGAUCUGGAG